UUUUUUUAAUGUCUUUCGUGUUGUAAGCCCGAGUCUAACCAAAUCAUUCCCACGUGUUGAUGUUUUUCUUUCAAUCAAAAUUGAUUUUUAAAAUCUUUUAUUGUUAAUAAUAAUUUAACUAGAUAAUAAAGUUGUUUAAAAAUAUCAAAAACUUUUUUAAAAUGGCGGUGAAAACGUCAAAAAAAAUUUCUAAAAUAAAUAGUGAUUCUAAAAAAAUUAAGGUUAAGAAAGCAAGUAAAAGAAAAUUUGAUGAAGAAUUGAUUGAAGAUAAAUACGAAGAAGUAAGAGAAAAAAUAAAUGAAAAUGAAGGUAAUAAACGUAUUAGAUUUCUAUUACCAUUAAAAACAAAGGAUGGAUCCAUCAAAAAACAAGUUAUUGAAGAAGACAUUGAAGAUGAAGAGGAAGAGGAAAAAUUUAAUGAAAAUGAGAAUAUUGAAGAAGAAGUUGAAAAUGACAGUGACAAUGAAUUUAUAGAAACAUUUCAAAUGAAAAAACAAAAUGUUAAAGUUAAAAAAGAUAUGUCAGAGAUUGAACUUAUGGCUCACAGGCGUAAACUAUUGAAUGAAAGAAAAAUAAAGAUUGGACUGACUGCUAGUACUCUCUUGGAAAAUCCUGAAAUAAAAGUUAAAAAUUUCACGGUUCUAUUGGAUUUUAUGGAAGAAAAGACGCCGGGUAUUUAUAUUACUGUUAAGAAACUUGCGGCUGUUUCAUUACUGGAGGUCUUUAAAGAUAUAUUACCAUCUUACCAUCUAUACCAGCUCAAGCAAGAAGGAGUAAAACUUAAAAAGGAUACAUUUAAUUUACAAAAUUAUGAGGCAUCACUAUUGAAGUAUUAUAAAAUGUAUCUACAAAAACUAGAAAAACUGGCUGGAAAAUUGAGACCAAAGAAAGGUGAUCAUAGAAUUGUUCCUGAGCCUGAAUUACAACUUGGAGAAGUUGCCAUCACAUGUAUGUGUGAUCUAUUAGCUACUCAUCCUUACUUCAAUUAUUCUUCAAACAUAGUCUGUUUCUUGAUUCCAUAUUUGAAUAAUAAAUAUCCUAAAGUACGAGAAAUAGUUGCUAAAUGUUUUUCUCAAAUAUUUAAAGAAGAUAAAAAAUUAGAAUUAACACUUACGAUUGUACGUAAAUUGAAUCAAUUGAUAAAAGCAAAAGAAUAUUCAUUACAUACCGAAGCACUGUCAGUGCUCUUGUCACUCAGGAUUCGUAAUGUCAAUUUGGAUAAAGAACGUGAUGAAGAAUUGAAGCAGAAAAAACUACAGAAUCAUAAAUCAAGAAUUUUGGCGCUGAGUAAACGUGAACGUAAAAGAAAUAAAAAGUUACAAGAAGUUGAAAAAGAACUCCUUGAAACUAAAGCAGAAGAAAAUAAAGCUCAAGCAGAAAAAGUUUUAACUGAAAUAAUUAGUAUUGUUUUUACAAUUUAUUUUAAAGUUAUAAAAACUUUUCCUAAUUCAAAAAUUUUAUCUUCUUGUUUAGAAGGAUUGGCUAAAUUUGCUCAUUGUAUAAAUUUAGAUUUUUACCAAGAUUUGGUAAAUGCUAUCAAUAAAUUAUUAGCUAAUGGAAAUUUAGGGCUACGAGAAAGAUUGCACUGUAUUCAGACAGUUUUUACAAUCCUUUCAGGACAUGGUUCAGCAUUAACUAUUGACCCUCACAGAUUUUAUUUACAUCUGUAUAAAAUUUUACCAGAUGUUCAUAUGGCACGUAAUGAAGAAAAUUGUGAAAUUCUCGUCCAUUGUCUUACUCAGGCCUUAAUAAAUCGUCGAAAAAAAGUCACUCAAGCCCGUCUGAAUUCAUUCAUUAAAAGAAUUUUAAUGGUAACUUUACAACUACAACACCACGGAUCUCUUGGUUUACUUGGAGUCGUAAAAAAAUUACUCCAAUUAUGUAAAACCACGGAAAUUUUACUAGACACCGAUAGUUCUGCCGGUGAAGGGCUCUAUCAACCAGAAUUAGAUGAUCCAGAAUAUUGUAAUGCCCAUCGAACAGCUGCAUGGGAGCUGGUUGCUCUGCAGAGGCAUUAUCACAGUAUCGUUCAAAAAAUGGCUAAAAAUUUAGCAUGUAAUGUUCCGACUUCUGGAGAAGGAUCUUUGAUUCCGGAAAUAGGGAAAUUAUCAGCUGAAGAACUAUACUCUCAGUACAACCCUUCAGAAGUUGCUUUUAAUCCUGCCGUUUCUGUUCCAAAGAAAAAUGUCGGUAAAUCUUCUAUUUCCUUCCGCGGACAUUUUAUUGAUACUAAAUUUAAUGAUUAUAUUGAAAAAAAUAAAGACAAACCCUCAGAGAUAACAACGAAUUUAGAUUUUUAUGAAGCACUUCAAAUGGAAUAGUGUAUUGUAAAAUAUGUGAUUGUAAGUAAAUUUAAUAAAUGAUUUUUUUUCGUA